AUGCGACUACCCGGUCUCAUGAAAUUGGCCCUCUGCCUCGUUGGGCUCUACCCUGGUUAUCCGGCUUUCACGAACGCGCUCGACUCGCCAAUGAUCACUGCAGCGCCAUUGAUAGCGAGAGACGAUACGGGCCAAAUUGUCGGCUCUGAGGUUAUAGGAUAUGCAUCGGUGGAUGGAAGCUAUAGCGCCAGCUCGUGUCCUCCGGGUUCAAUAUUGAAGUGGGAGGGUAAAUACGGCGGCUGUGUAGCCACAAGCGCUACAGAGUAUGCGAUAUGGAGCAGUUGCGAAGCUGAAUCAAUCCUAGUUGCGUCGAAGACAAAAUAUCAAUGCGGAGCGAGCGUAUGUUAUACUGCCCUCAUCUUCGAAGACUUAGACGACAAGUCACCACGGAGUGUCUAUGGCUGCAGCGCCGAGCCGCACCAGGCAUCGCUUUACAUAGCUACUACCGGCAGGGACGCCACUUCCACUUCGUUAACAUCGAACACGAGCGCGCAAGCGUCAGUCAGAAAAACCACUACCGGGGAGAUUGCAUCGACGAGGACCCAAAACCCAGCCAGUACGGCCUCUACUUCGAGUACAGAAACGGACGUAUCCGAUUUGAAUUCCGGCCUGGACAAUUCAAAAUCAGAAGACCGAGAUCUUAGAUGGAUAGCGGGCCCGAUCGUCGGAGGGAUUGUAGGAAUCGUAAUUAUUGGGUUGUUGAUUUGGUUUAUACUGAGAAGGAAGAAGAAGAGACAAGUUUCAGUUGUCCCAGUGGCACCACCGGAUCCCAUUAACACAAAUCAGCCCGACCAAGCCGCAGGGUUACACUUUCCAACGUACGAAUGGCAGGUACAAAGCCUAGAGUCGCCACCUCGAAAAGGGCAGUCUUACCACGGUUAUAUGGCGUGGACGUCAUCACCGACGGACUGUAGUUCCCCUAUACCGGGAGAAAAGGGGCAAGAGGGUUGA